AUAACAAUCAAAAGAUACUAUUUAUACUUGGAUAUUAUGUGAAAAUAUAUAAAGUAAAGCUAUAUCCAUGCAUAGGCUAUAAUUAAAUUAACAAUUAAUAUAUGAUUUCUAUUGCAAGCUGCCCACCAGAUGGUUACAAGUCAGUACAGACAGCAAGUACCUAAUGUGCCCAUAGAGAGAUAUAAACCAGCAUUUUGGAUGACUGUCUCCCAAUCAAACUCGGACCUUGCUAAAGCAAAACGUUCCAAUAAUACCAGCGAAAUAGAUUCUAAGCCUGAAAAGCAGAAGAGGAACCCAAAAGAGAUUCUUAAAUCCUUCAAUGAAAAUUUCAAAAGUUUACAAAGAAGAUUAUCCAAAGAUUUGAAUACAGACCUAAAAAGAUUGGAGAGGGAUCGGUGCAAACGAUUUCGCCAAAAGUUCCACAACCUUAGGUUGACUGCCCUUUUUGAAAAGACUUUAGAGAACAUGAGAGAUGCUGUUGUUACCAGGGCAACACCAGAUGAUGUCAAGUUUGAAGUUAAACCCUCAAAAUGGUACACCGACCUAAUCUGCGACGUUGAAUUCACUGUUGGCAAAGACGACCCGAAUGCGGAUCUUCUUCUGCAUAAAUUAUCUAGAUUCUCGCUGGAGGAUAGCAAAUCGAUUUCUAAUGCCAAGGAAAAGCUGUGUUUGCUGGUUAUGUCCAUUCCAGCUGUCGAUCUCCUAACAGUUGCUAUGCAACAGGCCAUCCGGUUCAUUCUCGAGAAAAUCCUAGAUGGACUACCAACAGCGUUUCCAUCAUGGCUCCGUCACAGGAACCUGCCACUUAUCGAUAUUGUUACCACAUAAUAUAUUAAAUUAUAAACGAAAUCACUGUAUGUGCAAUAAAAACAAAUAUUAAAGUAUUAUUUUUAAUACAAAACUUGUACAAAUUAUGUGCAAUAAAAAUAAAUAAAAAUAUA